CAGUUCCAGAAGCGCAACCCUAAUUCAGAGGGCUUGAGCGUUCGGGGCAUCGUUGGUGUUGCUGCUGCUUCUCUUGCUCUGCGAAUCAUCAAAGAUGAAGUUCAACAUAGCGAAUCCGACUACUGGUUGUCAGAAGAAGCUUGAAAUCGAUGAUGACCAGAAACUUCGGGCCUUUUUUGACAAAAGAAUUUCCCAGGAAGUUAAUGGAGACGCACUGGGUGAGGAGUUCAAGGGAUAUGUGUUCAAGAUUAUGGGAGGGUGCGAUAAACAAGGUUUCCCCAUGAAGCAGGGUGUUCUGACCCCAGGUCGUGUUAGGCUCCUGCUGCACAGAGGUACCCCGUGCUUCCGUGGAUACGGAAGGAGAAAUGGGGAACGCAGAAGAAAGUCAGUUCGUGGAUGCAUUGUGAGCCAGGACCUCUCUGUACUAAACUUGGUAAUAGUGAAGAAGGGGGAAAAUGAUCUUCCUGGACUAACUGACACCGAGAAGCCAAGAAUGAGAGGCCCAAAAAGGGCUUCCAAAAUUCGGAAGCUUUUCAACCUUUCCAAGGAAGAUGAUGUGAGGAAGUAUGUCAACACAUACCGCCGAACAUUCACCACAAAAUCUGGCAAGAAAGUGAGCAAAGCUCCCAAGAUUCAGAGGCUGGUGACUCCGUUGACACUGCAGAGGAAGAGAGCCAGAAUUGCCGAGAAAAAGAAGAGGGUUGCCAAGUCCAAGGCUGACGCUGCCGAGUACCAGAAGCUUCUUGCUAUGCGAUUGAAAGAGCAGCGUGAGAAGCGCAGCGAGAGCUUGGCGAAGAAGAGGUCCAGGCUCUCCCAAGCCUCGAAACCGUCUGUUGCUGCAUAAAGCAAUUGAGAGGUAUGUUGUUCGUUUUUUGACAAUGAUUUUUGCAUGACUGUUGUUCUCUUUAUCCUGUUAUAUUUAGUUAAUUGAUGAGCUUAACAAACAUGCAUACUUAGCCGCACCAAAUCCAUGUUUUGUGUUUUGUUUGUUUUCUUGCUGUGAGGAGACAUUGUUUGUUAUGUUACCCAUUAAUAUGGUACUCCUUCCUUUUCUCCUACAUAAAUUGCAAUAUUUUUUA